AUAAUUCCGGUAAAUAAAACGCCUCAAGUCCGCGUUCAUACCACAAAUUGUCUCACAAACUCUUCGUUUUUCCUUUUUUUUUCCUCUCAUCACAGAAAAAACAAAAAACAAUGGCGGAUCAGCUCACUGACGAUCAGAUCUCAGAAUUCAAGGAAGCUUUCAGCUUAUUCGACAAGGAUGGUGAUGGUUGCAUUACCACAAAGGAGCUCGGUACCGUGAUGCGUUCCCUCGGUCAAAACCCGACAGAAGCUGAGCUUCAGGACAUGAUCAACGAAGUGGAUGCGGAUGGUAAUGGAACGAUUGAUUUCCCUGAGUUCUUGAACCUAAUGGCUAGGAAAAUGAAGGACACUGACUCUGAGGAAGAGCUCAAGGAAGCGUUCAGAGUCUUUGACAAAGACCAGAACGGUUUCAUCUCAGCUGCUGAAUUGAGACAUGUGAUGACUAACCUCGGCGAGAAGCUAACUGAUGAAGAAGUCGAUGAGAUGAUUAAGGAAGCUGAUGUUGAUGGUGAUGGUCAGAUCAACUACGAAGAGUUUGUCAAGGUUAUGAUGGCCAAGUGAGGAUUGAAACAACUCCGGCUUCUCCUUUUUACUACCUUCUUAUGUAAUUUCAUAAAGAAUGUUCCUCGCUCUGUUCUAAAAUUUCAUUCAUGGCUGGUUUUUGGUGGUUAAAAAGACAGGGAUGUUAUGUGUUUUUACUUCUUGUCUAAAUGACUCAUUGUUCAUGUUAUUGAUAGGUUCAGAACCUGAUUCUUGAAAUAUAACAGUAAUGAGAUC